AUGUGGAAAAAUGAACAAAAUAAAACCAGUGCCACUAACUCUGAUGACUUACCUCCAGCUUAUUCACUUCAUCAACAUGCAUGUCUCACACUUAAUUGGACUGAUCGUCUACGACUCAUUCGAUUUCCAACAAACAUUAUCUCUGUUAUUCGACAGGCUAUUCUCACUAGUUGGUAUCCUGGUUUACAAAAAGAGAAAGAAUAUGCAGGUGCAUAUGAAUUCAAGUUAAAUGGAAAUCCAUGGCAUGGUCAAGGAAGUGAAGCAGUAGAAGCUCGAGCUAUGAUGAUGUCAGUUCUUUCAGCUUUGCAUCAUCAAGGUUGGUAUCUUCUAAUGUCAACUGAUGUUUCCAAGAAAAAAAGUGAUAAAGAUUCAUUGAUUUUUCAACUUGGUAUUCCUCCACCAUCAACAUCAUUUUUCGCUGUGUCAUUGAAUGAAUGGGACAAGUUACGUUUGAUUGGUGCUCCAAAUGAACUAAUACGUGCAGCUCAACAAACUAUUGGUAAAGAUGAAAUACAACGAGAAGAAUGGAUUUAUUCAGAAACAGCUUAUCAAUUUAAAUUGAUCGGUUAUCCAUGGGAAGCUGAUGGUGACGAAGCAGUGACUAGUCGAAUAAAACUUCUGGCUUUACUUGAUUGUUUUACAUCGUUCGGUUGGCAAUUACAUGCAAGUAUUGAUAUGAGUAUAGGUCAUGAAGGUCGUGAUACUGACACUUGGUUUUUUCGUCGAAGUAAUCAAUGA